AUGCAUUGGGAGACAUUCGCUACAUCGCUACAGCAUUCAACCUGCUGCCGCCUCCACAACUCUCCGUCCAGCUGUCUUAACCACGGGUAACCAUGGCUGAAGGGGGAGAAGGCGAGGAUGAAAUCCAGUUCUUACGAACUGAUGAUGAGGUGGUGCUCCAGUGUUCCGCCACCGUUCACAAGGAGCAGCAGAAGCUAUGUCUGGCCGCCGAGGGCUUUGGAAACAGACUCUGCUUCUUGGAGUCUACCUCAAACUCCAAGAAUGUUCCGCCGGACCUGUCGAUCUGCACCUUCGUGCUGGAGCAGUCCCUGUCGGUCCGGGCCCUGCAGGAGAUGCUGGCCAACACCGAGGAGAAAGCCGAAGGGCAAGUUGAUGUGGAAAAAUGGAAAUUUAUGAUGAAGACGGCCCAGGGAGGGGGACACCGUACCCUGCUCUACGGACACGCGGUGCUGCUACGACACUCCUACAGUGGGAUGUACCUUUGCUGUUUGUCCACUUCGCGAUCUUCAACCGAUAAACUGGCAUUUGAUGUUGGGCUUCAAGAAGAUACAACAGGUGAAGCCUGCUGGUGGACCAUCCACCCCGCCUCCAAGCAGAGGUCAGAGGGCGAGAAGGUGCGUGUCGGGGAUGACCUCAUCCUGGUCAGCGUCUCCUCCGAACGGUACCUGCAUCUAUCAUAUGGGAACGGGAGCCUGCACGUGGACGCUGCCUUCCAGCAGACCCUCUGGAGCGUGGCGCCCAUCUGCUCCGGGAGCGAAGUGGCACAAGGGUACCUGAUAGGUGGGGAUGUCCUGCGGCUGCUCCACGGACACAUGGACGAGUGUCUGACUGUCCCGUCCGGAGAGCACGGGGAGGAGCAACGCAGGGCGGUGCACUAUGAGGGAGGAGCCGUAUCCAUCCACGCCCGCUCCUUAUGGAGGCUGGAGACACUGCGAGUUGCGUGGAGCGGGAGCCACACCCGCUGGGGCCAGCCCUUCCGCCUCAGGCACGUCACCACCGGCAAGUACCUCAGCCUCAUGGACGACAAGGGCCUGCUGCUGACGGACAAGGAGAAGGCCGACGUCAAAUCCACGGCCUUCUGCUUCCGCUCCUCCAAGGAAAAGCUGGACUUUGGGGUGAGGAAAGAGGUCGACGGCAUGGGAGUCCCCGACAUUAAGUACGGCGACUCCGUGUGCUACAUCCAGCACGUGGACACCUGCCUGUGGCUCACGUACCAGGCCGUGGACGCCAAGUGCGCGCGGAUGGGCGGCGUGCAGCGUAAGGCCAUCAUGCACCACGAGGGGCACAUGGACGACGGGCUGACGCUGUCGCGCUCGCAGCACGAGGAGUCCCGCACCGCCAGGGUCAUCCGCAGCACCGUCUUCCUCUUCAACCGCUUCAUCAGAGGUCUGGAUGCCCUGAGUAAAAAAGGAAAGACCUCAACGCUAGAUCUGCCAAUCGAGUCUGUCAGCCUGAGUCUGCAGGAUCUGAUUGGCUACUUCCAGCCGCCCGACGAGCAUCUGGAACAUGAGGACAAGCAAAACAGGCUGCGGGCAUUGAAGAACAGACAGAAUCUCUUCCAGGAAGAGGGGAUGAUUAACUUGGUCCUGGAGUGUAUCGACCGCUUACAUGUGUACAGCAGCGCUGCUCAUUUCUCUGAUGUUGCCGGGAAGGAAGCCGGGGAGGCCUGGAAGUCUAUACUAAACUCAUUAUACGAGCUACUGGCGGCUUUGAUAAGGGGGAACAGAAAGAACUGCGCUCAGUUUUCCGGCUCAUUGGAUUGGCUGAUCAGCAGGCUGGAGAGACUGGAAGCCUCUUCUGGGAUUCUGGAGGUUUUGCACUGCGUUCUUGUGGAAAGCCCCGAGGCCCUUAACAUCAUCAAAGAGGGUCACAUUAAAUCUAUCAUCUCCCUCCUGGACAAACAUGGGCGGAAUCACAAGGUCUUGGACGUCCUCUGCUCCUUGUGCGUGUGCCACGGUGUGGCGGUGCGCUCAAACCAGCAUCUCAUCUGUGACAACUUACUGCCUGGGCGGGACCUGCUCCUUCAGACGCGCCUGGUCAACCACGUCAGCAGCAUGCGGCCAAACAUCUUCCUGGGCAUCAGCGAAGGCUCCGCCCAGUACAAAAAGUGGUACUACGAGCUGAUCGUGGACCAGGUGGAGACCUUCGUCACGGCCGAGGCGACCCACCUGCGCGUGGGCUGGGCCACCACCGACGGGUACUCCCCCUACCCCGGCGGCGGAGAGGGCUGGGGGGGCAACGGCGUCGGCGACGACCUCUACUCCUACAGCUUUGACGGGCUUCACCUCUGGUCAGGCUGCAUCGCGCGCACGGUGAGCUCGCCCAACCAGCACCUCCUCCGAGCCGACGACGUGGUCAGCUGCUGCCUGGACCUCAGCGCCCCCAGCAUCUCCUUCCGCAUCAACGGCCAGCCCGUCCAGGGCAUGUUCGAGAACUUCAACGCCGACGGCCUCUUCUUCCCCGUCACCAGCUUCUCGGCGGGGGUGAAAGUGCGUUUCCUGUUGGGAGGGCGGCACGGAGAGUUCAAGUUUCUCCCGCCCCCGGGAUACGCCCCUUGUUUCGAGGCGGUGUUACCCCGUGAGAAGCUGCGGGUGGAACACAGCCAGGAGUACAAGCAGGACCACGGUGGGACGCGUGACCUUCUGGGCCCAACCGUGACCCUCACGCAAGCUGCCUUCACCCCGACUCCUGUGGACACCAGCCAGAUCGUUCUGCCCCCUCAUUUGGAGCGGAUCCGGGAGAAGUUGGCUGAAAACAUCCACGAGCUCUGGGUCAUGAAUAAGAUUGAACUUGGCUGGACGUAUGGGACUGUACGAGAUGACAACAAGAGACAACACCCCUGCCUGGUUGAGUUCUCCAAGCUUCCGGAACAAGAGCGCAGUUACAACCUCCAGAUGUCUCUGGAAACCUUGAAGACUCUCCUGGCCCUGGGCUGUCACGUGGGUGUGGCCGAUGAGCAUGCCGAAGAGAAGGUGAAGAAUCUGAAGCUGUCCCCCAAGUAUGAGCUGUCGAGUGGAUACAAGCCCGCCCCCAUGGACCUGAGCCACAUCAAGCUGGCGUCCACGCAGGAGGCCAUGGUGGACAAGCUGGCGGAGAAUGCCCACAACGUGUGGGCCAGGGACAGGAUCCGACAGGGCUGGACGUACGGCAUCCAGCAGGAUGUGAAGAACAGGAGGAACCCUCGCCUCGUUCCCUACGCCCUGCUGGACGAGAGGACCAAAAAGUCCAACAAGGACAGCCUGAGGGAGGCUGUGCGCACCCUGCUGGGGUACGGGUACAAUCUGGAGGCCCCCGACCAAGAUCACGCCGCGCGGUCCGACAUGAGCAACCUGCUGGCCGAGAGGUUCCGGGUCUUCCGCGCGGAGAAGCCGUAUAGCGUGAACGCUGGAAAGUGGUACUUUGAGUUCGAGGUGGUGACGGCGGGGGAGAUGAGGGUGGGAUGGGCUCGGCCUGGCUGUCUGCCUGACCAGGAGCUGGGAUCCGACGAGCAGGCUUUUGUGUUCGAUGGCUUCAAGGCGCAGCGCUGGCACCAGGGAAACGAGCACUUCGGCCGGUCCUGGCAGCUGGGCGAUGUGGUGGGCUGCAUGGUGGACAUGAACGAGCACACCAUGAUGUUCACCCUCAACGGGGAGGUGCUCCUCGACGACUCGGGCUCUGAGCUGGCCUUCAAGGACUUUGAGGUUUGGGAAGGAUUCAUCCCGGUGUGCAGCCUGGGCGUGAGUCAGAUGGGCAGGAUGAAUUUCGGAAAGGACGUCAGCACUCUCAAGUACUUCACCAUCUGCGGCCUGCAGGAAGGCUACGAGCCCUUCGCGGUCAACAUGAACCGCGACCUGACCAUGUGGCUGAGCAAGAGGCUGCCCCAGUACAUCCCUGUCCCACCAAACCACGAGCACAUUGAGGUUAUGAGGAUCGAUGGAACCGUUGAGAGCUCGCCGUGUCUGAAGGUCAUGCAGAGGUCAUUCGGGUCUCAGAACAGUAACACCGACAUCGCGUUCUACCGCUUGAGCAUGCCCAUUGAGUGCGCGGAGUGUUUCUCCAAAUCGCCGGGGGGCACUCUGCCAUCCAACGGCAGCUUCUUCUCACCAAAGAAGGAACUGGAGGAUUUUGAGACGGUCUCAGACUUUGAGGUCCUCAUGAAAACGGCUCAUGGACACUUGGGUUCCAACGGCCCAGAGAAAGACAAGGAUGAGUUUAACAACCACAAGGACUACAACCAAGAGAAGCCUUCCAAACUCAAACAAAGGUUCAUGCUGAAGCGGAGUAAGCCUGACUUCAGCACCAGCCACUCGUCAGCUCGCCUGUCAGAGGAAGUGCUGGCUGACGAGAGGGACGACUAUGAGUACCUGAUGCAGACGUCCACGUACUAUUAUUCUGUGAGGAUCUUCCCUGGCCAGGAGCCCUCCAGUGUGUGGGUGGGCUGGGUAACCUCAGAUUUCCACCAAUAUGACACGGCCUUCGACCUGGAGAAGGUGCGCACUGUGACCGUCACCCUGGGCGACGAGAAGGGCAAGGUGCACGAGAGCAUCAAGCGAAGUAACUGCUACAUGGUGUGGGCCGGAGAGAGCACCAGCCCAGGACAGAGCCGCAACAACAACGGGCUGGAGAUUGGCUGUCUGGUGGACACCGCCAAUGGGCUGCUGACCUUCACCGCCAAUGGCAAGGAGCUCAGCACCUACUACCAGGUUGAGCCCAGCACCAAGCUGUUCCCUGCGGUUUUCGCUCAGGCCACCAGCCCCAACGUGUUUCAGUUCGAACUGGGACGGAUAAAGAACGUGAUGCCCCUGUCAGCGGGCCUGUUCAAGAGCGAGCAAAAGAACCCCAUGCCCCAGUGCCCGCCCCGGCUGCACGUCCAGUUCCUCACGCCCGUCCUGUGGAGCCGGGUGCCCAACCACUUCCCCAAGGUGGAGACGUCCCGCAUUAACGACCGCCACGGCUGGCUGGUGCACUGCUGCGAGCCUCUGCAGUUCAUGUCCCUGCACAUCCCCGAGGAGAACAGGUCAGUGGAUAUCCUGGAGCUGACAGAACAGACAGACCUGCUGAAGUUUCACUUCCACACCCUGAGGCUGUACUCGGCCGUCUGCGCCCUGGGCAACAACCGGGUGGCGCACGCCCUCUGCAGCCACGUGGACGAGGCCCAGCUGCUCUACGCCAUCGAGAACAAGUACAUGCCGGGCCUGCUGAGGACGGGCUACUACGACCUGCUCAUCGACAUCCACCUCAGCACCUACGCCACCGCCCGCCUCAUGAUGAACAACGAGUACAUCGUGCCCAUGACUGACGAGACCAAGAGCAUCACGCUCUUCCCCGACGAGAAGAAGAAGCACGGGCUCCCGGGCAUCGGCCUCAGCACCUCCCUCCGGCCCAGGAUGCACUUCUCCUCGCCCAGCUUUGUCAGCGUGGGCGGCGACUUCUUCCAGUACAGCCCCGAGUUCCCGCUGGACAUCCUGAAGACCAAGACCAUCGAGAUGCUGACGGAGGCCGUGCGGGAGGGCAGCCUGCACGUGCGGGACCCCAUAGGGGGCAGCACCGAGUUCCUGUUCGUGCCCCUCAUAAAGCUGUUCUACACCCUGCUCAUCAUGGGUGUCUUCCACAAUGGCGACCUCAAGAACAUCCUGCAGCUCAUCGAGCCCAGCGUCUUCUCCGAGGACUCAGGCCGCGAGCGGGCCGACACGCCCGACGGCAACGGCUUCAAGGGCGAGCUCCGGAUAGAGGGAGCGGGGGCAGAGGAUGGAGGGAGGGCGGGGAACGUCCCCAAAGAGGGACUGCUCCAGAUGAAGCUCCCAGAGCCGGUCAAGCUGCAAAUGUGUCAUCUGCUUCAGUACCUGUGCGACUGUCAGGUAAGGCACAGGAUAGAGGCGGUGGUGGCCUUCUCCGACGACUUUGUGGCCAACCUCCAGGACAACCAGCGCUUCCGCUACAACGAGGUGAUGCAGGCGCUCAACAUGUCUGCCGCGCUGACCGCUAGGAAGACCAAAGAGUUUCGAUCGCCACCACAGGAGCAGAUCAACAUGCUGCUGAACUUUAAGGAUGAGAAGCAGGACUGCCCGUGUCCAGAGGAUAUCAGAGAACAGCUUCUGGACUUCCAUGAGGACUUGAUGACCCACUGUGGAAUUGAGAUUGAUGAUGACAAGGCCAAUGAAGCAGAUGGGGAUUUCACCAUCAGAGGUCGUCUUCUGUCCCUCGUCGAGAAAGUGGCCUACUUAAAGAAGAAAAUGGCUGACUUGCCAAAGAAAAAAAAGUCGAAGAAGCCCUCCACUCUGCAGCACCUGAUCUCCGAGACCAUGGUGCGCUGGGCCCAGGAGUCCGUGAUCGAGGACCCGGAGCUGGUCCGGGCCAUGUUCGUCCUGCUGCACCGGCAGUACGACGGCAUCGGGGGCCAGGUCCGUGCCCUGCCCAAGACCUACACCAUCAACUCCGUGUCCGUGGAGGACACCAUAAACCUGCUGGCCUCCCUGGGCCAGAUCCGCUCCCUGCUGAGCGUGCGCAUGGGCCGGGAGGAGGAGAAGCUGAUGAUCCGAGGCCUGGGAGACAUUAUGAACAAUAAAGUUUUCUACCAGCACCCAAACUUGAUGCGGGCUCUGGGCAUGCAUGAGACUGUCAUGGAGGUGAUGGUGAAUGUUCUGGGCGGAGGAGAAUCAAAGGAAAUCACAUUUCCUAAGAUGGUGGCCAACUGCUGUCGUUUUCUUUGCUACUUCUGUCGCAUCAGUAGACAAAACCAAAAAGCCAUGUUCGAUCACCUCAGUUACCUGCUGGAAAACAGCAGUGUCGGCCUCGCGUCCCCCUCCAUGAGGGGUUCCACUCCCCUGGACGUGGCCGCCGCGUCUGUGAUGGAUAACAAUGAGCUGGCUCUGGCCCUCCGAGAGCCAGACCUGGAGAAAGUGGUGCAGUACCUAGCAGGCUGUGGUCUGCAGAGCUGCCUUAUGCUUGUAUCUAAGGGCUACCCUGAUAUUGGCUGGAACCCUGUAGAAGGGGAGCGCUAUUUAGAUUUCCUCCGCUUCGCUGUAUUCUGCAAUGGAGAGAGCGUGGAGGAAAACGCCAAUGUGGUGGUGAGGCUGCUGAUUCGCCGGCCAGAGUGCUUUGGCCCCGCCCUGCGGGGGGAAGGAGGAAAUGGCUUACUGGCCGCCAUGGAGGAGGCCAUCAAGAUCUCGGAGGACCCAAGCAGGGAUGGCCCCUCCCCCACCUCUGAGUCCAGCAGGACCCUCAGUGACAUGCUGGAGGAUGAAGAGGAUGACACUAUCCACAUGGGAAACGCGAUCAUGACCUUCUACGCCGCUCUCAUUGACCUGCUGGGGCGCUGUGCCCCGGAGAUGCAUCUGAUCCACGCUGGAAAGGGGGAGGCCAUCCGCAUCCGAGCCAUCCUGCGCUCCCUGAUCCCAAUCGAGGACCUGGAGGGGGUGAUCAGCAUUCCCUUCCCAAUGCCAACCCUAGCCAAAGACGGAACAGUGGUGGAGCCAGAUAUGUCGGCAGGCUUCUGUCCGGAUCACAAGGCCGCCAUGGUGCUGUUCCUGGACCGAGUGUACGGCAUCGAGGACCAGAACUUCCUGCUGCACCUCCUGGAGGUGGGCUUCCUGCCGGACCUCCGGGCAGCUGCUUCGCUGGACACGGCCGCGCUGAGCGCCACAGAUAUGGCCCUGGCUCUAAACCGCUACCUGUGCACCGCCGUGCUGCCCCUGCUGACCAAAUGCGCCCCCCUGUUCGCCGGGACGGAGCCCUUCGCCUCGCUCAUCGACUCGCUGCUCCACACCGUGUACCGCCUGUCCAAGGGCUGCUGCCUGACCAAGGCCCAGCGAGACGCCAUCGAGGAGUGCCUGCUGGCCGUGUGCGGUAAACUGAGGCCCUCCAUGAUGCAGCACCUGCUCAGGAGGCUGGUGUUUGAUGUUCCUCUUCUCAACGAGCACACAAAAAUGCCACUCAAGUUGCUGACCAAUCACUACGAGCGGUGCUGGAAGUACUACUGCCUGUCUGGAGGCUGGGGGAGUUUUGGGGCCGCGUCGGACGAGGAGCUGCACUUGUCCAGAAAACUCUUCUGGGGAAUAUUUGACGCCCUGUCUCAGAAGAGGUACGACCAGGAGCUCUUUAAGCUGGCACUGCCCUGCCUGAGUGCGGUGGCAGGGGCGCUGCCUCCGGACUACAUGGAGUCCAACUAUGUGGCCAUGAUGGAGAAGCAGUCCUCCAUGGACGCCGAGGGCAACUUCAACCCCCAGCCUGUUGACACCUCAAAUGUCACAGUCCCUGAGAAGCUGGACUAUUUCAUCAAUAAAUAUGCGGAACAUUCUCACGAAAAGUGGUCCACGGACAAGUUUGCCAACGGCUGGGUUCAUGGGGAUCAGCUGUGCGAGGCCUCCAAAGUGCAUCCUCUCCUCAAGCCGUACAAAGGCCUGUCCGAGAAGGACAAGGAAGUGUACCGAUGGCCAAUUAAGGAGUCUCUUAAGACCAUGCUGGCCUGGGGGUGGAGUAUCGAGAGGACGAAAGAGGGAGACCCUGCGGGACUGCACAACCGCGCCCGCCGAAUUUCUCAGUCCAGUCAGCUGUCCAUCGAAGGCACACAUGGCUUCAGCCCACGGCCGAUCGAUAUGAGCAACGUGACCCUUUCCAGAGACCUGCACUCUAUGGCAGAGCUGCUUGCAGAGAACUAUCAUAAUAUUUGGGCAAAGAAGAAAAAGAUAGAGCUGGAAGCCAAAGGAGGAGGGAGCCAUCCUUUAUUGGUGCCCUACGACACUCUUACUGCCAAAGAGAAAUCCAGAGACAGAGAAAAAGCACAAGACAUCCUCAAGUUUUUUCAGAUCAAUGGCUACACGGUCUCAAGGGCUAUGAAGGAGCAGGAGCUAGACACCCCCUCCAUAGAGAAACGUUUCGCCUACACCUUCCUCCAGCAGCUCAUUACUUACGUGGAUGAGGCACACAAACACAUGAUGGAGUUUGACAUAGGGACAUGGGGCAAAGGAGAGAAGAUUCCUCAUGAGCAGCAAAUGAAGUUUUUUGGGAAGGUGGUCCUGCCCUUGGUUGAUCAGUAUUUCAAGAAUCACCGCCUCUACUUCCUGUCUACUGCAAUACGGCCCCUCAGCAGUGGAGGCCACGCCUCCAACAAAGAGAAGGAGAUGAUCACCAGCCUUUUCUGCAAACUUGGAGUACUUGUCAGACAUAGGAUAUCACUGUUUGGAAAUGAUUCUACCUCAAUCGUGAACUGUCUUCAUAUCCUGGGCCAGACUCUGGAUGCCAGGACGGUGAUGAAGACCGGCCUGGACACGGUGAAGGCGGCGCUGCGGGCCUUCUUCGACAACGCGGCGGAGGACCUGGAGAAGACCAUGGAGAACCUGAAGCAGGGCCAGUUCACGCACACCAGGACCCAGCCCAAGGGCGUGACCCAGAUCAUCAACUACACCACGGUGGCCCUGCUCCCCGUGCUCUCCUCCCUCUUCGAGCACAUCGGGCAGAACCUCUUUGGCGAAGACCUCAUAUUGGAUGAUGUCCAGGUGUCCUGUUACAGGAUUCUCAACAGCCUCUAUUCGCUUGGCACCAGCAAAAGCAUCUAUGUUGAAAGGCAGCGUCCGGCUCUGGGUGAAUGUCUGGCCGCAUUUUCUGGAGCUUUCCCUGUGUCCUUUUUGGAGCCACACCUGAACAAGUACAACACCUACUCCAUCUACAACACCAAAGGGUCCCGUGAAAGAGCAGCGCUGGGUCUGCCAGCCCAGGUGGAGGAGAUGUCCCCCCUCAUCCCGUCCCUGGAGAAGUCGCUGGAGGAGAUCAUGGAGCUGGCCGAGUCAGGCAUGCGCUACACCCAGAUGCCCCAUGUGAUGGAGGUGGUGCUGCCCAUGCUCUGCAGCUACAUGUCGCACUGGUGGGAGCACGGCCCGGAGAACAACCCGGAACGGGCGGACAAAUGCUGCACCUCGCUCACCUCCGAGCACAUGAACACGCUGCUGGGCAACAUCCUGAAGAUCAUCUACAACAACCUGGGCAUCGACGAGGGGGCGUGGAUGAAGCGCCUGGCAGUGUUCUCUCAGCCAAUCAUCAGCAAGGCCAAGGCCCAGCUGCUGAAGACGCACUUCCUGCCUCUGAUGGAGAAGCUGAAGAAGAAGGCGGCGACCGUCCUGCUGGACGAGGAGCACAUGAAGGCCGAGGGGCGGGGCGAGAUGUCCGAGGCGGAGCUGCUGAUCCUGGAUGAGUUCACCAUCCUGGUUCGGGACUUGUACGCCUUCUACCCACUCCUUAUCCGAUUCGUCGACUACAACAGAGCAAAAUGGCUCAAGGAACCAAACCCAGAGGCAGAGGAACUGUUCCGCAUGGUGGCAGAAGUUUUUAUAUUCUGGGCCAAAUCUCAUAAUUUCAAAAGGGAGGAGCAGAACUUUGUGGUCCAGAACGAAAUCAACAACAUGUCCUUCUUGAUCACCGAUACCAAGUCCAAAAUGUCAAAGGGAGCCAUGUCGGACCAAGAGAGGAAAAAGAUGAAGAGGAAGGGGGACCGCUACUCCAUGCAGACCUCCCUCAUCGUGGCCGCCCUGAAGAGGCUGCUUCCCGUGGGCCUGAACAUCUGCGCCCCCGGGGACCAGGAACUCAUCGCGCUGGCCAAGAACCGCUUCACCCAGAAAGACACAGAAGACGAGGUUCGGGAGAUCAUCCGCAAUAACCUUCACCUGCAGGGAAAGUACCGGGUUUUGCAUUUCAAGAAGCUGGUAAAGAAGCUGAUCAUUGUGAUGAAGUGGAAGAAAAGCCAGCAGGCCAGGCCCCCCGGCUCUGAGCUGCUGGGACACAGGCGCCUUCUCCUGCGCAAACGCUCCACCACCCUGGACUCCGCCCACCGGGCGCUGAGGACGCCCCUUUCUGCCACCAAAAAGUCCUCCUCGGUGGACCUCGCGGGGAAGCAGGGGAAAGCCCCCCUGGAGGACCCCGCGAUUCGAUGGCAGAUGGCUCUGUACAAAGACCUGCCCAACAGGAGCGAGGACACCUCGGACCCAGAAAAGACAGUGGAGAGAGUUCUAGACAUCGCCCACGUUCUGUUCCAUCUGGACCAGGUUGAGCACCCCCAGAGAAGUAAGAAGGCUGUGUGGCACAAGCUUCUCUCCAAGCAGCGGAAGCGGGCUGUUGUGGCCUGUUUCAGGAUGGCUCCCCUGUAUAACUUACCCAGGCACCGAGCCGUCAACCUGUUCCUGCAGGGAUAUGAGAAGUCUUGGAUCGAAACGGAGGAGCAUUACUUCGAAGAUAAGCUAAUAGAGGAUUUGGCUAAACCGGGAGGCGAGGAGCCGUCGGAGGAGGACGAGGGAGCCAAGCGGAUCGAUCCUCUCCACCAGCUAAUCCAGCUCUUCAGCCGAACCGCCCUGACGGAGAAGUGUAAGCUAGAGGAAGACAACCUGUACAUGGCCUAUGCUGACAUCAUGGCAAAGAGCUGCCAUGAUGAAGAGGAUGAGGAUGGAGAAGAGGUGAAAAGCUUUGAAGAAAAAGAGAUGGAGAAACAGAAGCUGCUGUACCAGCAGGCCAGGCUUCACGAUCGGGGCGCAGCAGAAAUGGUGCUGCAGACCAUCAGUGCCAGCAAAGGGGAAAUGGGACCAAUGGUGGCAUCCACGCUGAAGCUGGGUAUCGCUGUACUGAAUGGUGGAAACUCCACAGUGCAGCAGAAAAUGCUGGACUAUCUGAAAGACAAGAAGGACGUGGGUUUCUUUCAGAGUCUGGCGGGGCUCAUGCUGUCCUGCAGCGUGCUUGACCUCAACGCGUUCGAGAGGCAGAACAAAGCCGAAGGGCUGGGCAUGGUUACGGAGGAGGGCUCAGUCAUCACUCAUGAGCGUGGAGAGAAGGUGAUGCAGGACGAUGAGUUUACCUGUGACCUCUUUCGCUUCCUUCAACUGCUGUGUGAAGGACACAACUCAGAUUUUCAGAAUUACCUGAGAACACAGACAGGAAACAACACGACUGUCAACAUCAUCAUCUCAACUGUUGACUAUCUUCUCCGAGUUCAGGAAUCAAUCAGUGAUUUCUACUGGUAUUACUCUGGAAAAGAUGUCAUCGAUGAGCAAGGGCAGCGCAAUUUCUCCAAGGCAAUCAAUGUGGCCAAGCAGGUCUUCAACACCCUCACAGAGUACAUACAGGGUCCAUGCACUGGGAACCAGCAGAGUCUGGCUCAUAGCCGACUGUGGGAUGCAGUGGUGGGGUUCCUCCACGUCUUUGCACACAUGCAGAUGAAGCUUUCACAGGAUUCUAGUCAGAUUGACUUAUUGAAAGAGCUUAUGGAUCUUCAGAAGGAUAUGGUUGUAAUGCUGCUGUCCAUGUUGGAAGGAAAUGUUGUAAAUGGAACUAUUGGUAAACAGAUGGUUGACAUGCUGGUAGAAUCCUCAAACAACGUGGAAAUGAUUCUGAAGUUCUUUGACAUGUUCCUCAAACUGAAAGACUUGACAUCAUCAGAUGCCUUCAAGGAGUAUGAUCCUGAUGGGAAGGGGGUGAUCUCAAAGCGAGACUUCCACAAGGCCAUGGAGAGCCACAAACAUUACACUCAAUCCGAGACUGAGUUCCUGCUCUCCUGUGCUGAGACGGAUGAAAACGAGCUCUUGGACUAUGAGGAAUUUGUGGAGCGGUUCCACGAGCCAGCCAAAGACAUUGGCUUCAAUGUGGCCGUCUUGUUGACGAACCUGUCUGAGCACAUGCCUCACGACACACGGCUCCAGACCUUCCUGGAGUUGGCGGAGAGCGUGCUCAACUACUUUCAACCUUACUUGGGUCGCAUCGAGAUCAUGGGCAGUGCCAAACGCAUCGAGCGGGUCUACUUUGAGAUCAGUGAGUCCAGCCGCACUCAGUGGGAGAAGCCGCAGGUCAAGGAGUCCAAGCGGCAGUUCAUCUUUGACGUGGUCAACGAGGGCGGCGAGAAGGAGAAGAUGGAGCUCUUCGUCAACUUCUGCGAGGAUACCAUCUUCGAGAUGCAGCUGGCGGCCCAGAUGUCCGACAUCGGGGAGCGGUCAGCCAGCAAGGAAGAGAGCGAGAAGGAGAAACCCGAGGAGGACAACCCAGAGAUGGGCUUCUUCUCGGUGACCACAGUGCGGACGGCCCUCCUGGCCCUCCGCUACAACGUGAUGAUGCUGAUGAAGGUGCUUUCCAUGAAAAGCCUUAAGAAGCAGAUGAAGAAGAUGAAAAAGAUGACGGUGAAGGACAUGGUGACCACCCUCGUCGCCUUCUACUGGAGCCUGCUCAUGGGCCUCCUCCACUUUGCCUUUAGCGUGUCGCGUGGCUUCUUCCGCAUUGUCUACAGCACCUUCCUGGGCGGGAGCCUGGUGGAGGGGGCCAAGACCAUGAAGGUGGCCGACCUGCUGGCCAACAUGCCCGACCCCACCCAGGACGAGGUCCGCGGGGAAGGGGAGGAGGCCGAGAAGAGGCACCCGGACAAGUCCUCGGCCGAGGAGGACCUGGCAGACCUGGCGGUCAAUAUUGAGGACACGGACCUCCUGUCAGACAUUUUUGGGCUUGACCUGAGGAGAGAAGGGGGGCAGUAUAAGUUGAUGCCUCACAACCCCAACGCCAGCCUGACGGAUUUGCUCAACAGCCCGGUGCCCCCUCCGCCGACUCCCUCACCUGAGCUUCGGAGGCGGAAUCAGGGGAAAGGCUCCACAGACGAAGACGGAGAAGGAAAAGAAGAGAGCCAAUCUGAACCAGAAAAGGCAGAGGGAGAGAAUGGGGAAAAAGAUGUCAAGCCAAAGGAUGACAAGCCAAAACAGAAAGUCAGGCAGCAUCACACCUCCAAAUCUGAAGAGCCAGAGCUACAGGAGUCUGCCUUCUGGAAGAAGAUCAUUGCUUAUCAGCGGAAACUGCUCAAUUAUUUUGCCCGGAACUUCUACAACAUGAGAAUGCUGGCUCUGUUCGUUGCCUUUGCGAUCAACUUCAUCCUGCUCUUCUACAAGGUGUCCACAUCGUCCGCGGUGGUGGAGGAGAAGGAGGUGGUGUACAGCGGGCCAUCGGACACCAGCGUGCGGUGGAGCCCGGUGGAGGGCGUGCCCCACCGCACGGUGACAGUGCACUUCGUCCUGGAGGAGAGCAGUGGGUACAUGGAGCCCACCCUCCGCAUCCUGGCUAUCUUGCACACUGUCAUAUCCUUCUUCUGCAUCAUAGGCUAUUACUGCUUAAAGGUCCCAUUGGUGAUAUUUAAACGGGAGAAGGAGGUAGCCAGGAAGCUGGAGUUUGACGGACUCUAUAUAACGGAGCAGCCAUCAGAAGACGACAUUAAAGGGCAAUGGGACAGGCUUGUAAUUAACACACAGUCAUUCCCAAAUAAUUACUGGGAUAAAUUUGUGAAAAGGAAGGUGAUGGACAAAUAUGGAGAGUUCUACGGACACGACCGCAUCAGUGAGCUGCUGGGAAUGGAUAAGGCUGCCUUAGACUUCAGCGAUGCCCACGAGAAGAAGAAACCCAAGAAAGACAGCUCAUUAGUUGCCGUACUGAACUCCGUCGAUGUCAAAUAUCAAAUCUGGAAGUUGGGAGUGGUCUUCACAGACAAUUCCUUCCUCUACCUGGCCUGGUACAUGACCAUGUCCAUCCUGGGCCACUACAAUAAUUUCUUCUUCGCCGCCCACCUGCUAGACAUCGCCAUGGGAUUUAAGACCCUGCGCACCAUCCUGUCCUCGGUCACCCACAAUGGCAAGCAGCUGGUUCUGACGGUGGGGCUACUAGCCGUGGUGGUAUACCUGUACACUGUGGUGGCCUUCAACUUCUUCCGCAAAUUCUACAACAAGAGUGAGGACGGAGAAUCUCCAGACAUGAAGUGUGACGACAUGCUGACUUGCUACAUGUUCCACAUGUAUGUAGGCGUGCGAGCUGGAGGAGGCAUCGGCGACCAGAUUGAGGAUCCAGCGGGAGACGAGUACGAGAUUUACCGGAUCAUCUUCGACAUCACGUUCUUCUUCUUCGUCAUCGUCAUUCUGCUUGCCAUCAUUCAGGGCUUAAUAAUUGAUGCCUUCGGUGAACUACGAGACCAGCAAGAGCAAGUGAAAGAGGACAUGGAGACGAAAUGUUUCAUCUGCGGUAUCGGGAACGACUAUUUCGACACGGUUCCCCACGGCUUCGAGACGCACACCCUGCAGGAGCACAACUUGGCAAACUAUCUAUUUUUUGUGAUGUAUCUCAUUAACAAAGAUGAAACAGAGCACACAGGCCAGGAGUCGUAUGUCUGGAAGAUGUACCAGGAACGCUGUUGGGAAUUCUUUCCAGCUGGAGACUGUUUCCGCAAACAAUAUGAAGACCAGCUCAACUGAACAGUCUUUGGUCCGUUCUUACAGUGCGAUCACAAAAGGGCCAGAAACCUUUGAACUACUUCAUUUGGAAUGCUUUUCAGACUUUGUACAUAUAUUAUACACUGUAUAUGGUUCCCUGUGUGCUUUUUGGAGCACAAAGAUUGUGUUUUGAUGACUUAACUGCUUCAUCUUUACAUUUGCUUUGAGAAACACGAAAAAAAAGCGAAAGACGUAAAUACAAGAAGAAAAAAAACUGAAAACUUUGACAAAAAAAGAAAAAAAAAAACCUCACACAUUGAUUUGAAAACUGUUUCUGGAGACUCGUGGGAAAUGUUUCUUUUGAGAGCACAUGUAUAAAAAAGGCAAUUAUCUUGCUCAUCCUAAGCCUCUUUAUUUCUUCAUAAGAAUGGAGAUUGUAUAUGGGAGGGUGUACGCAGGAGUCUGUGGAGCGCGAAGCAAGGGCAUCGAUGGGGAAAUAGUGCCUUACUAAGCAUGGGUUGAGCUAUGCAAGUGAAGACGACCGCAUGACUACAUCACAGGUCUGCUCAUUGGCUGAUGUGUAGUCCUGUCCAGUGUGUCGACUUGUCUUUGGUGUCCGUGUAUGUGUGCAUGUGUGUGCGUGUGUGUACCUGUGUGUGUGUGUGUCUGUGUGUGUGUGUGUGAGUGAAAAGGAGAGAGAGCGAGAGAGAGAGGGAGCAUAGUGUCUGUGCGCCUCAGAACAAAUGUCGGGUAUUCAUAUCAAGCUCAAUCACCUCGCACCUCGAUUAUUUAGCUGUUGUUUUCUUUUUCUUUUCUUUUUUUUGGUAAUGCUCUUAUGCAAUACAGCAACAGAGUUAAUCUUUGUAUACAAUGAAAUCAAAUCUUUACUCUUUGAAGAAGAUGUGUCAUUGCAUGUUUAUUAUGCAAGUUUACCAAGAACCGUAAAAAAAAUAAUAAAGACGCAAGUUGAUCGAUGUCACAUUAAAAAAAAGAUGUUUUAUAGGUUUAAGAUUACCGAUAUCUCUAUAGUAUUAAAGUGUUGUGGGCUUUAUUGUAAAUUCCAAAAUCAAUGUCAUCAGCCAAGAAUGCAUACUGAUAUAUAAGAUUUGAUUAUAGGCUUCACCCAUCGUCACCUGUGUUUAAUUACUGUAGGUAAGGAUACUUUGUUGACUCAUUUUGAUUGAAGCUGAAGCAAUACCCAUUCAGGGAUUCCAUGGAACAUCAUUGUAAAGCAACAAUGUGUAGAAUACUCCAUUUUGUUUCCGGUUGUUUCUGACUGAAAUGCCAAUAUUUGCAAAUAAAACCUUCAGAAUAAAAAGGUUUGGUGCAGUUAGUGCCACUAGCCCUAUCUGGAAGUAGGAUAUGUAUUUUAUGAUAAAUUAUUAUUGUAAUAUAAUUUAACAGUUGGUUUAUAAUUGCACACAUCUGCCAUCAAGCCAUAGCACAUUGUCCUAUUCUUGCCAUAGACAGCAAACCUGCUUUCCUUCUUGUAAUACUUACAAUGUGACAUAACUGCAAUAACAACAGAUGGGCAGCCAAUUUAGAUUAAAAGUGGUAUUUUACUUAUGUAAAGAAUUUUGAUAACAAUGGUCACAAAUGCCAUGGAACAUAAUAUAUCACAAAGUAGUGUGCCGUGCUGAGUUGUGAGUAUACAAUUGUGUGUAAACUGUAAAAAGGAAUUAAGACAACAUGGAUUUGCAUGAUUUUCAAAAAUAAAUGAUUAUUUAUUGAAGCGUG